AUGCAGACGCCAUCGGCGAUUUCUCUCUCCUUCCUUCUCCUCCUGUCUAUCUCCGCCGCCGUACACGGCCACAACAUCACCCGCAUCCUCGCCAAACACCCCGAAUUUUCCACUUUCAACCACUACCUCACCAUCACUCACCUCGCCAAUGAGAUCAACCGCCGGCAGACAAUCACCGUCUGCGCCGUCGACAAUGCCGCCAUGUCUUCAUUACUUUCAAAAGGACUAUCAAUUCAGACCAUAAAGAAUGUCCUCUCCCUCCAUGUCUUCGCCGACUACUUCGGCUCCAAAAAGCUCCACCAAGUCACCAAAGGCUCCACCUCCACCGCCACCAUGUAUCAAGCCACCGGUGAAGCUCCAGGAACCGCCGGUUACGUUCAUAUCACCGACAUCAAAGGUGGUAAAGUCCGGUUCACUCCUGAAGACAACCCAAGUCAAACCGAUACCACUUAUGUCAAAUCCAUUUUGGAAAUGCCUUACAACAUCUCCGUGAUCCAAAUCAGCGCGAUUCUACAGUCGCCGGAAGCAGAAGCUCCGACUGCCGCACCGGAUCUGAACUUAACCUCGUUGUUACAACGAGAAGGUUGUCAAGCGUUUUACGAUCUGUUAACAACCUCAGGCGCAAUCGGAACGUUUUUAAGCUCCGCCGACGGCGGAGUCACCGUGUUUUGUCCCGGAGACGACGCUAUUGCGGCGUUUGCUCCAAAAUACAAGAACUUGACUGCAUCGGAGAAGACGUCGUUGUUGCUUUACCACGGUGUUCCGGUUUACAACUCCAUGGGAAUGCUCAGAUCUAGCAAUGGACUGAUGAACACUCUAGCGACGGAAGGAGCUAAGAAGAAGUACGAUUUCACUGUACAAAACGACGGCAACGAUGUGACAUUGAAGACGAAAGUGGUGAAGGCGACAAUAAGCGGAACGGUGGUCGACGAAGAGCCGAUCGCUAUUUACACCAUCGACAAGGUUUUAUUGCCGAGAGAGUUGUUUAAGGGUACGGUGGAGGAGGCGGAGGAGCCGGCGCCUGCGCCAAAGGCGGCGAAAAAGAAAAAGAAGCCGGCGAAGAAGGGUGAGACCGAAGAUGAUGCAGAUGCGCCGGGACCUGAUUCUUCUGAUGAUUACAGUGAUGAUGAUGCGGCGGAUCAAACGGCAAGUGGCGGUGGAAGAUUGGUGGCGUCGGCGGUUAUGGCGUUCUGUUUUUCGUGGUUGGCUUUCGUUUGA